AUGGCAGCCACCCUCCUGGACGAACCGCCCGCCCCGUCAAUAACCGCGAAGCGCAUGCAGAGAAGCAGCUGUCUGAGCUGCGGGGCCGAAAUGGACAUGAGCGAAGCAGAGGAGGCGCAGAAGCGAAUAAGAGAUUUGGAGAGCCAGGUCGAGCUGUUAACGGAGAAGGCCACAGCUGCUGUGGACAAGUGCGCGGACUACGAAGACCAACUACGCGGCUUUAAAGCACAGAAUGGGCUCCUACGAACAGAUACGCAAGACUCGCUACAGCCCCACCGAACCUCCAACGAAGAAGCCCGCCCUACUACCGCGAACUCGGCCUCUGCGCGGCAAUCUCGCUUCUCCUUCCUACGACGAGGCUCGCCGAACCCGCCCAUACCCUUCACCUCGCACUCGCCAAGCCGCUCCACUGAUACGGGCCUCUUGGAACAGCUGGAGAAGGAGCGUGGACUGCGCGCAAAAGCAGAAGAGAGGGCUCGCAAAGUGGACAGUGAAAUCGAGGAGCUGAGCGUGACGCUGUUCAGUCAGGCGAACGAGAUGGUGGCGCAGGAGAGAAAGGCGCGGGCGAAGCUGGAGGCUAGAGUUGAGCUCCUAGAGAAGAAAGACAAGGACAAGAUGGCGAGGUUGGAGAGGUUGGAAAAGGCUGUCAGCAGGAUCGAUCGUGUCAAGGCGAUGUUGGCACCGGUCCCGACAGCAGCGCAAAGGAAGAAUUGA